ACUAAAUAUACAAAACUUUUAAGUAUCAAAUUAAAUGAGUUAACAAAUAUUCUUAUCUUAAGUGUAGAAUAUAAUAAAAUUAUAAACAAUACUGUAUUGGAAAAAUCACAUUUUUACUUUUGGAAAUCAAAAUCCAGCCAUCUGAUUUUCAUGUGUGACAAAUAUAUCAAUUAGAUUAAUUUAUAACUCAUUUCAUCCCAGUAAAAGCAGUGUAGGGACCUCAAUUGAAAUGAAUAGAAUACUUUCAUCUGGAGUUCUAAAGAUUUUCACACGUAGAUUUGCCAAAGACAUAAGAUUUGGCCAUGAAGUACGAUCUAAAAUGCUUGAAGGUGUUGACAUAUUAGCAGAUGCAGUCGCAGUUACUAUGGGACCAAAGGGAAGGAAUGUAAUUAUUGAUCAGCCAUGGGGAUCACCUAAGAUAACUAAAGAUGGUGUCACUGUGGCAAAAGGUGUGGAACUCAAGGAGAAGUUUCAAAAUAUUGGUGCAAAGAUUGUUCAAGCUGUUGCUAACAACACCAACAAAAAGGCUGGAGAUGGAACUACAACAGCAACUGUUUUAGCUAGAGCCAUUGCUAAAGAAGGUUUUGAAAGAAUAAGCAGAGGGGCAAAUCCUAUAGAAAUCAGGAAAGGAGUAAUGAUUGCUGUACAAGAGGCAAAAACAUAUCUUAAAAAUUUGUCCAAACCUGUAACUACUCCAGAAGAAAUCGCUCAGGUAGCAACCAUAUCAGCUAAUGGUGCAGAAGAUAUUGGGAAACUCAUAUCAAGGGCUGUAGAAAAGGUUGGAAAAGAUGGAGUAAUCACAGUUAAGGAGGGAAAAACAUUAGAAGAUGAAUUAGAAGUUAUUGAAGGAAUGAAACUGGAUAAAGGGUACAUUUCUGCUUAUUUCAUCAACACCGCUAAAGGAGCUAAAGUUGAAUAUGAAGAUAUAAUGGUUCUUGUUACUGAAAAAAAACUUUCUGCGAUUAGUCAUGUCCUCCCCGUUUUGGAGUUAGUAAACAAAAAGAAAAAGCCAUUAUUAAUAAUAGCUGAAGAUUUAGAUGGUGAAGCAUUAUCCUUAAUGGUAGUUAACAGAUUGAAAAUAGGAUUGAAUGUGGUAGCUAUACGAGCUCCUGGUUUUGGAGAACAGAAAAAAGCAAUUUUGAAGGAUAUUGCAGUAGCCACAGGAGCAACAGUUUUUGGAGAUGAACUGGGUUUUCGGAUCGAGGAUUGUCAAGAGCGCCACUUAGGAGGUUUGGGUGAAGUCACUAUUACUAAGGAAGAUUCACUCCUGCUGAGGGGAAAAGGCAAACGAGAAGAAAUAAAUGCAAGAAUAGCUGAAAUUAAGCAUACUUUAAGUACCACCAAUAGUGAUUUUGAAAAGGAUAAGUUACAAGACAGACUUGGAAGACUAACUGCAGGUGUUGCAGUACUAAAAGUUGGAGGAUGUAGUGAAGUCGAAGUCAACGAGAAAAAAGAUCGAGUAACUGAUGCAUUGAAUGCAACACGUGCUGCAAUUGAGGAAGGUAUAGUUCCAGGAGGAGGUAUAGCAUUACUUCGAUGCAUUUCAGCAGUCGAAGACCUACAACCAGCUAAUCCAGACCAAAAGAUUGGAAUAGAAAUUGUAGCCAGAGCAUUACGAGUUCCGUGCAUGGUAAUUGCAAAGAAUGCUGGAGCCGAUGAAUCAGUUGUUGUAAAUAAGGUACUUGAAUCAUCAGAAGAAACUGGUUACGAUGCAAAGGAAGGUGAUUACGUCAACAUGAUGGAAAAAGGAAUUAUAGAUCCAACAAAGGUCGUAAGAACUGCACUUAUAGAUGCUGCUGGUGUUGCUUCUCUUCUAACUACAGCUGAAGCAGUGUUAGCUGACAUUCCAUCAAAGGAUAAAGGUCCAGGACUAGGAGGGAUGGGAGGUGGCGGCGGAGGUAUGCCGAUGGACAUGGGAGAGAUGUAGAUCUGCCAGUACUGCUUGUUCCAUCACAAAUAGCAAACUGUGAUGAUAACUAAUCAAGAUCGGUUCUAUUAUCCUAGGUAGCUUAUAAAUGAUGAUGUAUUUUAUGGGUUGGACUAAUACAAUACUGUAAACAAAAUAAAAAUUUCAUUCACUCCAAUAAGUUAAUU